AUGACUGCAAAUGAUUCUGACGAAACUCCGGAACAAUUGAAACUGAAAUUACUUGUUGAAGAAACAAAACUAAAACAAAAAGACAAAGAGCUGCACAUUGAAGAAGCAAAAAUAAAACGAUUACAGCUUGAAAUUGAAAAAAUGAAACAAGAAGAAGAAAUCGAAUCAAGGAAACGAAUGAAAACCGGAUGCGAACAAAAUGUGUUACCAAUCAAUAAAUGCUUGAGUUCAUCAAUGAAUGAUACUGAUUUUUACGAAUGUUAUGUACGUAAUUAUAUUUCUUGGUUCGAUAUUACAUCUUUAUUAGAUGAUAAUGAUAAUUUCGAUGAUGAUAUGAUAAAUAUGUUUGAAGAGUAUUUUAGUCCUUGGAAAUCAGUUGAUAAACUUACAAAAUAUAAAGUUCAAUCAACGUUUGAACAAUUAAUUGGUGAAUUAUUUCAUAAAUAUGAUAGUUUUACAUCAUUAAAAUAUUUAAACACAUCUAUGUAUAAGUAUUUAAAAAAGAAAACUCCGGAUUGUAGUUUUAUUUUGAAAAAUAUUAAUAUCGACAAGAAUGAAGAACGUGAAGUUUUACAAGAUUUUGUUAUUUGUAUUGGUAGAUUUAAAUCAUCAAAUAUGUCUAUUGACUCCGAAGAAUCAAUCGGACAAUUAAUGCGUGAUUUGGUUUCUAUAUUAAACGUACAAAAGGAUCGUUACCACGUUUAUGGUUUUCUAACUAAUACUAAACGUAUAAGAUUUUAUCGUGCUGAAAAUAGAGCAUGGGAAGGUGUAGUUCAUUAUUAUCAAAGUGAUAGUUUUGCAUUGUUUAAUGAUUUGCGUGAAACAGAAUCAUCAUCGAUUGACUCAAUAACAACAAGUAAAGAAUCAACAGAAAAUUAUUUUAAUAGAGAUGGGUGGACAUUAUUUAUAAACUUUUUGACAAUGCAUUCAAGCUUUUAUGAGUAUUCAACGUUAUAUAUAGAUUCUCAUGAAUAUUUAUAUGGUGAUAAAUUUAAUAUAAAACUAAAAUUAGGACAAGGUACAACUUCAAUGGUUUAUUUGUUAGAGAAAAAUAAAAAUAAUCAAUCAACUGAUGAUCCAGAAUCGUUUGUAAUCAAAAUAUGUAAAGCAAACAGAGCUUCUGGCCAUUCAAUAGAUUUCCAAAAAGAACUUGAGAUAUUAGCGCAAUUAAAAAAAUCAAGUGAUUCAAAAAACUUUGAUUUAUUUUUUGAAGAUAUUGUCGACUCAUCACCUGAAGGUAAUACUUGUUUAUUAAAUUUCUUCUUCAUGUUUUCAAUGCAUUCAAAAUUGAUUGUCAAAGAAAUAGAAUUCAUAUUUUACGUUUUGGAAGAAUUUGAAAAAAUAGAAGGAAACAGAAGAUUAAUGAGAAAGUAGUAUUGCAGAAAUCAUAGUUUUCCAAUAGAAUUUAUUUGAAUCAGAGUUAGCAAAAAAAGAGAACGGCUUAUCACAAUAAAUGAAUAACUAGGACAGGGCUGACCCAAUGGUAAAUUUUUAUGAUUGUCACAGUCCCCCAAUAUUUAAGAAAAUUUCAUUUUUCUUUAUCAAAAUCUCGCGUGCCAGUUUUUUUCCUUGCUUUUGUCAUUGCACAUACUUUAUAACUAAUUGUAAUUGAACUGUAUACCCACACCCUCAGCUGUUUUUCGUCGUUUUUGCGCUUAGAAAGUUAGAAAAAACGCUAAAAAACGUGUUUUUUACUUUUUUUUAAAAGAGCGUUACUAGCUCACAAUCGCGGUUCCAUUUUGCGCGUUAAAAAGUGUUUUUCUAAAUUUUUGUCUGCUUGGGUAGUAUAUACACUGCUUACAUGGAAAAUUUCAAUUAGCCCUCCGACCCCCCCCCCCCCCCCCCCCCCCCCCUCAGCUGAGGAGCCAGCCCGGCACGCCGGACGCUACG